AAUGGACAAAAAAUAGGAUUUUAUCAUAAUACUUGCCUCCGAUGUUAUUACCGUUUGUAAAAUAUCGAACUUUUUGACUUUCAAUGACGAUGAGGCUAGUUGGUGCUGCUAGUCAAGGGGAGGCACAUCUACUGUAAGCUAUCGUUUUAUCAGUUUAGCUGCUACAGUGCCAUGUGAAGUACGUUAGCUGUCCUUAUGCUCUGCUCAUAUCACGGUCACGUAACUUGGAACUCGUAUAUUCUUUUACACACCUUGUUUCCCUGCACAGCGUGAGAGGAUGUUAGUGUUUCAACCCCUUUAAUGCUAAAAAAUCAACGCGUGUCCAUUUUUCUGUUCACACUAAUUGACUGCGUGAGCGAGCGUUUGGCAGAAUUGAGAGCCGUCAGCCAGAGUAUUUUCCUGUAAACCCUGUCUGAUUGGUCUCGCCUCCGUUCACUGAAGAUAAAAUACAACACUCCGUUCAGUGAUGAUGCAAAACUACAACACUACCGUCUUCUUUUACUGAUGAUCGGUUAUGUAGUGACGAACCGCUCCAAUUAUACUGUAACGCUCCAGUAUUCGGGGAUUAAGGAAAAAUCUUCAGGGCAACAGCCCCGAAUUUCCAGGCCAGGUCUUGCCCCUGGUUGUUGCAUUAGGUUAGCUACCUCUUUUGGCAUUGAGUUAGGCUUCUGCUCACCAUAAACAUGGGACUGGGAAGCACACUGGAGCUUUCCUUUGCCUGAAGGGUUAAUUGAUGCAUUUGAUUUGUGAUCAUUAACAAUGUCGAGACACACAUUAGGGAUUUUUUUUUUGCAGAACAUCAUGUAAAAACCCCUGUUGAAUAUUUAGCAAAUGUGAUUUUCAGUUAGACUAGAAACUAACCCCAUGGUAUUUGUCCGUUUAGGUUUCAGUUGCAGGGCGUCAUGGAUUCGUAGCACGUUCGGAGCUGUUGCUUAGACAGGAAGCAGCACAGUGAUAUGAUCUGGUGUGGACGAGUGGAUGAUGAAAGACUCUUCUCUCAUCCUCUGUGUCGUUAUCCGGCUAUGGCUCAUUUGUUCUUUCAGUGGCUGCUUGACCUUUGGCUUUGCUGUGCUGUGAAAUGCCUGGAGCUCCAUAAGGUGGUGCACAGCGUGCUGCGGUCUCAUCAUGGCUUUCACAAUGAACCUGGCUGGCCCAUCUCCCUGGGGCUUCAGAAUAUCUGGUGGGCGGGACUUCAAAAAGGCCAUAACAGUCUCCAAGGUGAACCCCGGCAGUAAAGCCGAGAAGGCCUCUCUCCAACCUGGCGACGUAAUCAUGGAAAUAAAUGGAGAAAAUACCGGUGACAUGCUGAACGUAGAGGCACAAAACAAAAUCAAGAACUCCACAGCACAACUGCAGCUGCUAGUGGAGAGGCCAGCCCCUUCGAGUCCAGGUCAAACCAACGGGAUCAGUUCCACAGAGCAACUGGUGGGCCGUUUCAAGGAAACCCUGCAUGUGAGGGAUGAGAACCAGAACUACAGAGAGUACUCCAUCUCCAGCCCCAAAUCUUUCUCUCCAGGCCCAUACUCUCCAGAGCCACCCUCCAGCCCUGAACGUAAGGGGGACAGGAUCACGCCCACCACGAAGAGCCCAGUGUUCCACUCCUGGACUCCUGAAGAGAAAAUCACCAGUAACCGACUGUCCAGGCCACUUUCCCAGGAGUUUUCCACGGUGGACUUCCGCAGCAACUCUGCGUCCAGUCGAACUCCGACGCCUCCUGAACGCUACUCGCCACACAGUCCGAUGGAGCGAGAGAUACCCGUCUCCCCCCGCCGCAACAGCUCGGACUUUGCGAUGCAGCGGUUCGAUCGUGAAUCGGAGGUGUACAAGAUGAUUCAGGAGAACAAGGAGUCCCGUGCAGCUCCUCGCCAGUCCAACACCUUCAAAAUGCUGCAAGAGGUGUUGGAGGCUGAUGAGAAAGAGGCUGCUCUCAGGUUUCCAGGGAAGCUGUCACCGAACCCACCGAAGCCUGUGUCGCCUGUUGCUGGAGUGCAGAAAUACCACAUCUGUGAAAAAUGUGGCAACAACAUCGUCACCCAGGCGGUGAGGAUCAUGGACGAGCGUUUCCGCCACCCCGAGUGCUACACGUGCACAGACUGCGGCCUCAACCUGAAGAUGCGCGGCCACUUCUGGGUGGAAAACGAGCUGUUCUGCGAGAAGCAUGCACGUGAACGCUAUCAGGGGCCCGGUGCGGGCUACCGCUACCACGUCUCCCCUCAGCACUGAGUCCUCCGCUCCCUCACUCAUUACAGCACAGAGAGCACAGCGAACUCUGAGAAACCUGCUUAGAACACACAGCUUGAUUUUUGCUUUAGAGGAAGACCCCACCCUCUACCUCUUCAGCUGUAUGUGAAGCGUGCUAGCUGUUGACUCUGGGAGGGGAUGAGGGGGUGUAUAAACCAGUACAGCAAGUAUCCUACACUUUAAACCAUGCCUGCCAGUUCUUCACCUCGUAUUAGGCUUUUUGUUUCCGUAUACAUUAUCUCAUUACCACGGAUUCAUGUAAACGUCUUUCUAUGUUCGGUUGGGUUUCACGGAAAUGUACGAACUCGGGAUCUGCUUCAUGCGAUAAUAUUCAUCACCCAAAAAAAAAAAAAAUGUAUACUGCACACGGGACUGGUUUCCAUUGUGUGUUUGUGUGCGUAAGUUUAAUGUAGCCUACGUUUUUGAGCGAUUUAUCAGUUGAAAGUAUUUUGCCCGUUCAUAUAUACAGAAACACGCAUACAAACACAUGUUCUUGUAUAAGCACAUCCAUUUAACUCAGGGCUGCUCGAACAGUGGCCCAAAACGAUCAACAGAAACCGGCAGCAGUUGUAUGCAUGGAUCACAUUCCAGCCCGUUGACUUGACUUAUUUUUAAAAUGUUUUGGGCAGCCCUGAUGUAUCACUUUUUCAUCUUUUCAUUUACUUUUUUUUUUUUUUCCUUUCUACAAGGGAAAUGUAUAUCAAAGCAAUACGAGUAAUAACAUAUUUGUGUAAAUAUCCGUGUUUUCUCUUUCAAUGGUUAAAUAUAUAGGGAAUGAUGGUGGACAGGGUUGUAUGUGUAUGUUUCCAUGCAUGUCAGACUUGACACGGAGUACACAUUACUUUGAUGAUAUGACCGAAGUGAGAGAAUGAAUGAACUAUAUAAAGCUAGUUUUUUUUUUUAAAUACUGGCCUUCACACAAGUGACACAUUUCCAUACACGCAGAACUCCACCACUGGUGACUUUGAUGGAUGACUUCUGAUAAAAACGAUGGUGUGAAUUGUAAUGUUGGCUGUGCUUUCCUCACCUGUUUUCUUUUUCAAAUAUAAAACUUACUGAUGUAAAUGAUCAAGUGAUCGGAUGCUUAUUGAGUGCGCUCGUUAGCCUUGGAUUUGCUGGCUCGGUUUGGUUUCGUAGCUUUUAAUCCAGCGAUGGUCACAUUAACAGUGAUUGAACUGUACGUUCCUACAAAUGAGACAACUGUACGCUAUAUAAGUGUCUAGUAUUUUUUUCAGGAGAAACGUGAAAUUUGAAGUUGGGAAACAGAAAUGCAACUGUUUUAUUAUUUCAGCUGAACUCAUGAGAUGGUUCGCUUGUUAAUGCAGAUCUCUGCAGAUUCCUGGGACAGCGUGCAGCAUCCAUGGAGGCCACUACAGCCUGGUUUUAUUCAUCGCAUAUUAUACACAUGAUGUCACUAGUGUGGUUACUUGCACAAUUUCGAGGCAUAACGUUGAAUUUUUCCAUACGGUUUGUUUUAUUCCAAAAUGGUUUGCCAGUAGAAUUAGUUUAACUGUUGGGCCCUUGAUCAAGGCCCUUAACCCUCAACUGCUCAGUUGUAUAAAUGAGAUAAAUGUAAGUCGCUCUGGAUAAGAGCUUCUGCCAAAUACCAAGAAUGAAUAAGGUUGAACAAUCUUGUGUUUAUGAUGUACUACACACAAAAGAUAUUCUUUGCACUGAGGUCGAAACUGAAAGUUAAAUUGCUUGGAUUGUUUUAUCACUUUUUUUUUCUUUGGCAAGUUAAUCUUUAUUAUUAUUAAUAAUAAUAAUAAUAAUAAUAAUAAUAAUAAGUCUUGCUUACUUGCCAAGUCACAUGGCAUUGCUUCUGUAGCUUGUGAAAUCUAGGUGUAAUUCAUUGUUACUCGGAGAGUGUAUGAAAGCUGAAUCCAGUGCUUUUAAUCCUCAUUUGUUCACUAGAGGGCCACAGAGGCGUUGUAAUGGGGAAGAGGUAGACUUAAAAAAAAAUGUUUUAUCUAUAUGUGUGUAUAUAUAUUCCUGCCUCUGUCUGAAUGUAUCCUUGUUUUUAGCCUGCAUUCUCAUUUUCUAUAAAGAAAGUUAUGAGAGAAGGACUUUUUAAAAACUAGAUGACUAUAAAACUAAUGCUUUUGUGGUUCACAA